CCCCCCCCCCCCGACGUCCUGCCGGUCCGAACCCUUGACCCCGCCUUCCCCAUCCCUACCACGACACACCGUCCCGAAACCCACCUGAUUGACAUCUCUCGACUCUAAUCGCACGUCCUGCCUGCCCUAUAACGCCCCUCGCAAUGCCAGCCGCCCUGUGAUAGGGAAGCCUCUCGGGAUGUACGCACCUGCUUAUGGCUAUGGCCCGGCAAACCCUUCUCCUGCUGCAGCCUUCGUCCCCAAUCCCAAUGGCGCCCCUCCACAGCAGCAGCACCAGCAGCACCAGCAGCAGCACCUCUCCCAGACCCCCCACCAUCCUCACCAACCCCAACCCCAACCCGGCCAGCAGCCUCAGCACCUGAUGUAUAAUCCACAGCAAUAUGGCGGCGGCGUUGGUCCUGUUCCUCACCAGUCGCCCUAUGGAGGCGCUGCUCAGCCUGGGCCUGGCAUGGGCCCCAAUGCGGGUGCGAUGGGAAUGAUGCAGAACAACGGUAUGGCGCAUAUGCCUGGUGGAGUGCCUGCAUAUCAGACCCCAUAUUCGAGCUCGCCCUACGGGGGUAACAUGCCAGCGUCCUCCGGUCCCAACCUCUCCUUCAUGCCCACGACCUCGAACGCGCCGUCCUACCCCAUGAACGCCCCGAACAUGAAUCCACAACACCAGGCCCAGCGGAUGCAGCCUCCCCCUUCCUCAUCGACGCCUACACAGCCUGGCCCACGAGCUCCUCCCUUUGGCAACGUCCCACAGAACACACCGCCGAACGCCAAUGCACUAUCGCAAUUCUCUACACCCCAGAACCCGAAUCAGACGCAUCUGCAAACACCAAGCAGUAAUCAGGGAGCGCAGGCAAGCACGGUCGUCACGCCGCAAACACCAAACUUCCCGCCGGGCUCACAGGGCGCGAAUGCUGGGUCGAAUAUUGCUACACCAUUGAGUCCCGGGUCAGAAGCACGCGAGAAGGAGAGAGUCACGUUGUUGUUAGAUAUCAAUCGAGAGCUGCUGUUAGAAUGUAUGCGGUUAAACAGCAUUGCGGAGGCCAAAGCACAGGCGGAAGCAGAGAGGAACGAAGUUGCCUCUGCUACCGCCUCCCCUGAAGGAACCGGAAAAGAGAAAGAAGAGAAGGAAAAAGAAAGGGCAGAGAAACCUGCACCUAAACAGACAAGGGACUAUUUGACUAGGGAAUAUUUUGAAUGCAUGCGCCGUCUUCAAUGCAACCUCGCAUACCUCGCCGCCAUCGCUGACAGAUCCCACAAACCAUCCUCCCAGAUCCCCGCCCACCCCGCAAUCAUCUCCGCGCCUCCCCCCUCGCAGAAGCUCGCCCAAGCCGGCCAAACCACGCCAUCCACCUCCUCUCCCACAACAAAAAAAGAAGAACCCUCCUCGAGUACGUCAGAAGACAAGAAACCCGAGGCGGACGCAAAGAAGCCAGAAGAGAUGGAAGAAGAGCGCGCGCUGUCGCUCGGAGAUUUAUACAAGAAAUUACAAGCGCUAUUCCCAGGCGUGGAUCCGAAGAAGGAACCACCGCUGCACUCGGCAGCUAGGAACCAGGCACAGCAACAGCAGAUGCAGGCGCAAAAACAGAACGCGGCUGCGGUGCAGGGGAAUCAGAGUGUGAAUGUUGGAGCGGGAGGGGAUGCGAAUGCGCAGCAGAAGGCGCAGAAUGAUCUGUUGAGGCAGAAGAUGAUGCAGCAGCAGGCUCAGCAGCAAGCGGCGGUCCAGAAUCAGCAACAGCAACAAGCUCAGCAAGGACAUUUGCAGAGUCGGUAGUAUGAUAUACGGGGAAGAUGGGAGAAUGGAAAGGAGUAAGACAGAGGGGGCAUUGUGGCAUAUAUAAAAUUUGGAGUAGGUGGAGUUGGUUGGUAAAAGAAGGGGAUGGUUCGGCUGCUGUUGGUAUACCUAGCGUCAUGAUAUAAGCUUGACUUCGCUGUAGUGCGCUUGAAUGAAUGAUUGAUGGAGAUGUUUCUACUCAGGAAUUUUCAUCCCACCUUCUUGCCAGUCCUAGUCGGGGUCAAGUAGCUUCUUUUCUUCUCUCAAGUUUACAAAGCAUGGUUCGGAGUCAACCCAAAGAAAGAGAAUUUAC